AUGCCUUCGAGACACCCCUCUAUCACUUACUCCUCUCUCCCCCAUCUUUCUACUAUCAUCAACCUUCAGCCUGAUAGGGAGCCAUGGUGUUUUGGAUACGCCCCCUCACAAGGUCGUCGCUGUCAUGCUAGUACAAACGCGCACGGCCGUAGAUGUGCUAUGGAUAUUCUCGACGAGGCCACUGAAGACCUUCGAGCCGGAGAUUCUAUCAACGAUCUGCUGAAAGAAUUAGCUCCAUACGGGCUAUGCCGGAGGUUUCAUCAAAACCAAGCAUCCGAUCUUGCUCGUCGCUGGCGGAAGCAAGUAUCUUCGUUUGUUGAAUCUCGACGAUCAUCUCCGACACAAAGAACCAUCCAGAAUACCACUGGAAUUCGCCGUCAAGUUCCCAGGAGACAAACAUCAGAAGAGCAAUUUGAAGUUCGAUUGCGUGAAAUGAAACAAAGAAUAGAGGAGCUUUUGUGGAUUGAAGACUUUGAUGGGCUCCCUGCCACCUCCCUACGCUCUCAAGUUCUUAAUGAUGCCCUGCAUAUGAUGAGAACAGUUGGAGCCAUCAACAACAGCACCACUGCUAUCGAUAAUAUUGCACAGCCCAGGGGUGACUCUAUCACACCUGUCGAAACACCUAUUCGAAAUUUGCCAGAUAGCACAAGAAGCCAAAUUUCAAGAAGCAGUACCAGCUCUCGCGAGAUACUGGUUACGUCAAGCGAAACCUCCAGCCGCCGAUCCGAGGCUACGACUACGAUGCCACCAACUUCCGAUUCAGUCCCGCAAGCGGUCAAUACAGAGAGAUCAACACACUCAACUGGGUCGGCUACCCGUAAAGCCCGUGUCAGUCGUCGACCUGCGGAGGGAGAAUGUGGAAUAUGCUUGUGUUCUUUGCAGGAACCUCAAUCUUACAGCACCGAUGAUGAAGAGGAAGAGGAAGAUGAUGAAGGUGAUGAAGAAACCGAUGAAGAAGAGGACGAGGGGCAGGGUGACAGCGAUGACUCUGAGGAUGAACAAGGAUACUAUUCAGACGAUGAUGAACCUGAAGUUGAAGUUGAAGUUGAAGAUGGACUAGUGUGGUGCAAAGCGCAAUGUGGAGUCAAUUAUCACAGAGAGUGCAUUGAAAAAUGGCUUAGAUCAGGCCACUAUGAUUCAUGCCCAACCUGUCGGACAACAUGGAGGUAUUGA